AUGGCUCUCACCAUUUCUGUUUCGGAGAAAGUGAGGAUCCUUGUAACGGAUGCUAAUGAUGAGAGCCCAGAGUUCAUCAAUACACCUUACAUAGUCCAAGUCCCAGAGAACUCUCCUUCUGGCAGCAGUAUCUUUAAGAUUGAGGCAGUUGACAGAGACACCGGUUCUGGAGGAAGUAUCACCUACUUCUUGCAGGAUGGCGGUGGGAAGCUGAGGGGAGACAACAAAGUGUUCUCAGCCACAACAACUGUCACCAUCAACGUGGAGGAUGUUCAGGACACUCCUCCCAUGUUCAUUGGGACUCCCUACUAUGGAUACGUCUAUGAGGAUACGCUUGCAGGCUCUGAGGUCCUCACUGUUGUUGCACUUGAUGGAGACAGAGGAAAGCCAAACAGCAUUCAUUACUGCAUCGUGAACGGAAGUGAAGGUUCUUUUGAAAUCAGCAACACCACCGGAGCCAUUUCUGUUAUAAAAAGUCCAAAUCAGCUCAAGAAAGAAGUGUAUGAACUAAGAGUUCAGGCAUCAGAAGUCAGCCCAGAAGGGGAUGUCUCAGCAUACGCCUUUGCCAUAGUGACUAUAAGGGUGGUCGACCUCAACAACCAUCCGCCAACAUUUUAUGGAGAAAGCGGUCCCCAGAACAGAUUUGAACUGACCAUGUACGAGCAUCCCCCAGAGGGUGAAAUCUUGAGAGGGCUGAAGAUUACUGUCAAUGAUUCAGAUCAGGGAGCCAACGCUAAAUUCAACCUCCGUCUUGUCGGACCCGGUGGCAUUUUUCGAGUUGUUCCCCAGACGGUCCUGAAUGAGGCUCAGGUUACAAUAAUAGUGGAAAAUUCUGCUGCUAUUGACUAUGAAAAAUUCAAGGUCUUAACCUUUAAGCUUCUUGCAAUAGAGGUGAACACACCAGAGAAAUUCAGCUCAACGGCUGAUGUAGCGAUACGCCUGCUGGAUACCAAUGACAAUGUCCCAAAGUUCUCCUCUGAUUACUACAUUGCCAGGAUCCCCGAGAACUCUCCAGGGGGCUCAAAUGUAGUUGCUGUAACUGCUACAGAUCCAGACUCUGGGCUUUGGGGAGAAGUCAAGUACUCUAUCUAUGGAACGGGAGCAGAUCUGUUCCUAAUCCACCCAUCGACAGGUAUAAUCUACACCCAACCCUGGGCUGUAUUAGAUGCUGAAGUGAACUCAAAGUAUAAUUUCUACGUGAAAGCAGAGGACACAGAUGGGAAAUACAGCUUGGCUGAAGUGUUUAUCACUGUGCUAGAUGUCAAUGACCACUCUCCAGAAUUCAAUGAAAACAUCCAGGAAAAGACGAUGAUCAUCGGGUCACCAGUGAAGAUAGAGGCUAUAGAUCAAGAUGCAGAAGAACCAAACAACAUUGUGGAUUAUUCCAUCAUGCAAGCAGAUCCAGCCAAUGUGUUUGAUAUAGACCAAAGCACGGGGGAAAUCAAGCUGAAGUCCUAUAUCCGUUCCCUGGACAUCAUCCACAACAUUACAAAGAACAAAGACUGCAUAUGGUCAUUGGUGGUGCAGGCCAAAGACCGAGGCUCCCCAUCCUUCAGUACCACAGCAGUUCUGAAGAUUGAUAUCACGGAGGAGACUCUUCACAAAGGGCCUAUGGCCGCCUUUUUGAUGCAAACUAAAGAUAACCCCAUGAAAGCCUUAGGAGUGCUAGCUGGUGUCAUGGGCAUAAUGGUGCUGAUAACUAUCAUGAUCUCUACUGCCAUGUUCUGGCGCAAUAAGCGGUCCAACAAAAUCAUGCCGGUAAGAAGGAUCAUAAAAAAGAGACAGACCCAGCCGUCCCGCACGGUGAGGAUGGAGUGGCUGAAGUUCAAGAGGCCUAGUAAUGCUGCGGAGAAGUUUGUCGUUGAGGACGAUGCCAAGAGCCUGCAGAACGAGAACAGCAACAACAACGUCCAGGCAGCCCCUGUGCCCCCAGCCGCUCCCUUGCCCCCGCCGCCCCCCGCCCUGGCCGCCAGUGGGAACACCGCAGUGUGGCGGGUGCCAACUGUGUCCGGCUCCCUCACUCCCAAGUUCAUCAACAAGCAGCUGAAGAAGAGAGGUCAUAGCAGUGCACACAACGCCCUGGUGUCAGAGCUCAAAAUGAAGUUUGAGAAGAGAAAUGCAGCUAUGGGUGAGCCACACAUCUAGGCCACGUCUAGGUGCUCUUGGCAGCCCCGGAGACUGUGGGUUGCAGCUGCACAUGGGUAUGUUAUAUGCCGUGGUCUUCCCCCUGUCUGUCAAUACCCGUGAACUGAGAGCAGCUUCUCGCUGUGAUAGCCAUCCCUCACCUUCCAGAAAUAUUAUGUGCUGUGGAGUCGCCCCACCUGUAUCAAAUGUUGUGAUCUGUUCCCAGUUAGGACUGCAGUUCCUUCAUCCCAUAUCCCAGAGCUUGUUCCACCCUGCAGCUGUCUAACCAGGGAGCUCCGUAUGCUCUUGCGCCAACCAGAGCCUCCCAAAGUGAGCAGGUCUUUGGGCUGCCCCUGUUCCAGAGACCCUUAGUCAGCACUCUGCAGAUGUCACUUCUAAUCAGGUCUGGUAGGUGGAGCUGAGGCGUUCAAAAACCCUUCACUUCAAAACCCAUAACCAGUUCAGAAGGCAUUGUUCUGGCUGUGGCACCAGGGGCAGUGUGCAGGUCUCCUUCUGCACCAGCUCACAAAACGCUGAGAGCAAGUUGUGUGCAGGUGAGACCUGUCUUCAGGCGUGAUGUGCAGUGCAGCAGCUGGUGGAAUAAUGUGCUAAUGGCGACAGCACCCUUCAUCCUGUGUGCAGGCUUGGAAAAGUUCUUUGUUUUCCUGCAGAUUAUGCUGGGUUUUGCCAGAGCACAUUGGCAUGAUCCCUCCGCCCCAAGAUUGUCAGCUAACCUGAGGAUGGGAGGACAGCUGGGGCAGGAUACAAGCACAAGAAUUCAGUAGUAGUGCUCACCUGAUACAGCCUCCUUCUGAUCACAUACCCAAAUGAGAGGCAAGCCGGCAGGAGAAGGACGUGAUUAAAGCAGUGGGGAAAAUAAGGUAAAACCAAAAGAAAAAUGAUAUCAGAAAAAUAGAAACAAAGUGCUGGAAAGUCAUACAUAUCGGUCAGGGAAAGAUAAUUUGGUUCUAUAUAAUGCUAGCAGGGGGCUUGGAGAACAGAUUUCAUCAUCCCUACCAGCUUGCUCCAGGGACUGGAGAGUGUAACAGGAGGUUCCAUAAAACAUUCUGGUUUGUACUAGCAGCAUUUUGCCUGAAUAAUGCAACAGAUAACUGGAAAGACUUUUUUUUUUUUU